AUGGAGACAAUAACAACAAGUACUUAUUAUUUACCAGAGCAUCAGCGUUCAGAUGUUGAAAGCUACCAAUGUCUUUUUUGUCCAAAUGCAGUUUUUCUUACAUCUGCUGGUUAUUUAAAGCAUGGGAAAGAAAAACAUUCAUCUCAACUUGAUGAGAUUGAAGCUGAUGCCGAGGCUGUUGAAACGUAUUGGAAAUUGACAAAUGAAUUAAAUUGUCCUGAAAAUAUUGGUAAUAUGAUUGAUGAUGGUAAUGAAGAACUUGAAGAUGAAGAAUAUUAUGCAAUAGAUGAGGAUGGUAAUGUUUUGGUUCUUCAAAGUCCAAUUGAUGAACAGAUGGAAGAGGUGGAAUCUAGUAGUAUUUCUGAUAAAACAUUAAAUUCACGAGAUUAUGUCAAUACAUUAAAUUGUAUGCCCUAUACAAUGAACCCUCCUUUAGGUCUUCGUUUUACAACUAAACACACCACUGGAUCUCGUAGUGUAGAAGGUGUGGGAAAUUCUCUUGAAAGCAGUGGAGAGUCGUCUCGAAGAGGUAGCUCUACAGUUGUAUCUCAAACAGUAUUAUUUAAAACGUCUUGUCCAUUUUGUAAAAUGGAAAUGGUUAAACCAAGUCUUCUUGUUCGCCAUAUCUAUCGUGUACAUAAUGUUAUAAAUUUUGAGAGUAUAGUAGAAUCUAAAGGAAUGCCUGAUAUGGAGUUACGCGUAGACAAUGGACGGCAGAAUAAUGUGUUAAUGCAAAGGAUGGGUGAUCUACCGAUUGAGUCAAUAGACGCUUUAUUUCAAAGAGGGGAAGAUAAUAAUGGUACUACCACAAACCUUUUAUCAAAUUUAGUUGCAGUUGUUGGAGCGCUAAGUGGUAAUUCUUUAAAUGGUACACAAUCAAAUAUGGGUGUUGACAGUGAAGUGGUAGUGAGUGGUUUUCGUUGUACAGAGUGUGGUGUGCAAAAAUCAACAUCAGAAGAGUUGGAAAGUCAUAUAAAAAUAGAACAUUUAUCUUGGUUACCAUUUGAAUGCCCAAUAUGUGCUACAAAACGUUCUAGUUCAACACAAAUGAGAGAACAUAUGCAUUCAGCACAUCGAAAUAAAGACGCACGUUUUCUUUACAAUGACAAUCCAUUAGCACAGAAAACCUUAAGAAUGAUGAUGGAUAGUUCAUUAAUACCUACAAGAAAAAGAACAGCUUCCUAUCAAAAUAAUAAUGGUCUUUGCAAUGGAGAUGUUGAGAAUAUUGCUGGAAGUAGUAAUAGUGGCGCGGUAGACAGCAAUAUAUUUGAUGCGUCCAAUGCUUCUAAUACAACUUUUGAUUUAAGUGCUUUGUUGAAUGGCUCCUCUACAACAAAGAAACCUAAAAUUGAGUACGAUGACACCAAUACAACAAUACUAGCAAAUGAUACUGGUGUUGGUUUAACAGACACUUCAUUGAGUGGUAUAAAUUUACUUGGUGAUUUAGAAAAUUUACUAAAGGGAACGAAAAGCAAUGGUUUUUCAAAUGAUGAUGAUAGAAGACCAAAAUCUCUUUCAAAGAAACGGGUUGUUGGUAUAUGUAGUAGUUGUAAAAAGCCUGUAACAGUUGGCUCACGGCAGGUUCAUAUAUUUUACCAUCUGGCAAAGGAUUACCAGAGAUUUAGAUUUAGAUGUUUAUUUGAUGGAUGUAAUGUUGCCCAUUAUAGAAAAGACCAACUAGAGGCACAUCAUACAAAAGUGCAUGGUGAAAUUACUCCAGAAAAACUUGGAGAUUGUACUCAAGAAUUAACUGAAGACUGUCAUGAUCUUUCAAUGAAACUACUAGGAACUGCCAGUAAUAAUCCUGGUCCGACGGCAGAAGAAGGACAGGAGUUAUUUGAUGCUAUGCAAAAAGAAGCUUUACUUCAAAUGAUGAGUAAGAAAUCUAAAAAAAGGAAAACUCUUCAUUUACCUAAACUUUUCCUAAAUUCAAUGGCUGGAUCUUCUGGUGAUCCAUCCAGGGUUGAUACGAUAGAUUGCAAAAUAUGUCAGAAAAGUAUUGUGGCAAAAAUCAAGGGCUUUCAUAUACUUUGGCAUGUUGGUAAAGAAACUGGAUGUCCAAGGUAUUCUUGUAAAUUAUGUGAAUACAAACAUGAUAGAUCUGCAAGUGUCAAGCAACAUGGUGCAAGAGAGCAUGAAGAUGAAGACGUCGUUGAAGAUCUUGUAAACCUUAAUCCUGAUCUCGUUAAAGAAGUAUCUGAAAAAUGCUUUGGUACAGUGAUGAUGUCAAUAAAACAUGAAAUGACAGAAAGUAAUGAAGAUGAUUACAAAAAUGUGGAUGAUUACAAACAUGAUGAUGCAUGCAAAAAUGAGGAUGGCGGUAGUGAAAAAGAGGUCCAUGAUGAAGAAGACAAAGAAGAUUGUGAUGAAGAAGCCGAUGAAGAAGAUUUAUCGCGAUAG